AUGACUCGACAGAAUUAAGAAUAGUCUUAUCAAUGACCUUCUUAUCUUCUAAGCUAUUUGCUGCUUGUUUUAUUUGCGAUAAGAGAAAAUUCAUAAGUAUGGUCAUUUGAUAAUCAAAUUAAGUGCCAAUAGCAUGUGCAUUGUUCACUAUGAAUGAACACAGAAAACGUGCUUUGCUGUCUGGGUUAUCAGUAAAGUCGUAUAUGAAAUUGUGAGUGUUUCAUUGUAUUAACGUAAGUGCUCUUGUGGAAUCUCUUUAAUAAAAAGCCCGUCCCCUCGUCAAUGAAUAGAGUGCGAUGGAUUUCAAUGAAAUCUGCCGGUUGUGUUUAUUUUUUUUUUACACAGAACCAGUGUCAGAGGGUCUUUCAAACAGGGCCAGUCACAAGACACUAGUAGCAAGUGCUUAAGGAAAAUUUGAAAAUAAAAAGAUAUCUGGAAGUUUGUGGACAAUGAAUAAGAAUUUACGGUGAUAUAACAAAGUUACAAAAUGCGAGUGAAUUUAGUGACAAACUGUAUUUUUGUUUUGGCUAUCUCCGGAUUUGUGGCUGGUGGAAGACGCAAUCCACUUAAGGAUCCAGCAAUUUGUGGGAGGCCAGAAUGUGAUGAUUCCAACUGGAAAUUCAUGUAUGAGCCCAGCAUCAUCUAUCGUUAUGAUUACUCACUCCAUGUGAGGACACAGUUUUCCGGAAGUGGGGAGAACACGUCGGAUGUUCAUUUGAUCGGAGGUGUUGAAUUGAUAUUUCCCAAGAAGUGCGAAGGACUUCUCAGAGUUCUGUCUUUGGAAGUUAGGGAUCGUCUUCCUGUCCCUACUGUUUCUUCUGAAAUGUCCAGGGACAAGGACUCCGCUGAAUUCGAUGAGGAAGACUAUGAGGAACCUGAAGAAAUUGAACUCCAUCCCAGAAGCUAUGAGUUAGCCGAAGAAGUCAGCAAAUACGAACUCAGAUUUUCCUUCCAAGACGGUCUUAUUGGUGAAAUUUGCCCUCACGAUGAAGAGUCUAGCUGGGUAUUGAAUCUCAAAAGGGGCAUUCUGUCAGCUUUCCAGAACACAAUGACUCGCUUUGAUAUUGAUCACCAUGCUACUGAGACUGAUGUAUCAGGAGUUUGUGAUGUUAAAUAUGUACUGGAGGGAUCCGAGGAAACUAGUCUCAUCAUCAUGAAGACUAAGAAUACAGGAUCCUGCAGAAAUCGUUAUAAAACACAUUCAAUUUUGCAGACAACUUCCUACGAAUUCCGCAGGGAUUAUUCAGCUUGGCCAAUCAUUCAAACUCAAAGUUACUGCAAUAUUUCUGUUGAUCACUCUAUCUAUAAUAAUGUUAAGUGCUAUGAAAGACAUCAACUAGUGCCUUUUUCAAACAAUCAAUCGGGAGCUGUAACGGAAUCGACACUUCAUCUGAAACUUAGUGAUGAAGUAUCAAUAGAAUACUCAGUGGAUGAUGAUUUUCUACCUAUUUAUCGACGAUCAAGUCUCCUUUUUGAUCACGUACCAGCAGCAAAGCCCACUCAUGGAGAGAUCAAAGCUUCAAGAGAAUACCUUAAGCAAAUGUGCAAACUUGGAUUCCCUGAUAUUCAGCGAGAUUUCCCAGAUGUUCUCAUGAAAUUCCUAUCUAAUGUACGCCUUUUGACUUACAAUGCUCUCCAGCAACUCCUAGCCCGGGCUGGUAGCAUAUGUGAUAAUGGGAAGAACCAUGUGUUGGAUAGUCUUCCAUACAUUGGAAGCACAGCAUCAGUUCUAUUGAUGCGAGAUCAAAUUGUCCGGAAUGCCAUUGACGCUAAGGUAGCUCAGGAUUGGAUAUCAUCUAUUGCUUAUAUUACCCAUCCUGAUGAAGAAGUUAUGGGAGCAAUGCUUACGUUGAUAGAAUAUGGGAAAAGCGUUAAGAAUCCCAGUGCUAUUUUAUCAGCAACAGCAGUGGUUCAUAGUUUCUGCAAGUACCAUUCGGAAUGUGGCACUAGCGAAAAUGUACGAAAGAUUAUAGAUUAUCUUGAGCAUGAGAUUAUGACAGGAAUGAAUCAAGCUACUCAUACACGAAAAGACAAGGAGGAUUUGCUGGUAGCGCUCAAGGGAUUAGGGAAUAUUGGAGUAAUAAGUGAACAUUUUGAGGAAGUACUUGAGGAAUUGAUUGAAGAUCAUACAAUUUCUAUCGAUGUUCGUCUUCAGGCUAUAUAUGUCUUCAGGAGGCUUGAUUGUGACAAAAGUAAAGACUACUUUCUUUCAACUUACGGGAAUUUCACAGAAUACUCUGAGAUUCGAAUAGCUGCUUAUUUGCAGACAAUGAAGUGUCCAGAUUACCAAUCAAUUGAAUUUAUCAGAGAUGUUCUUGUCAGGGAAGAAGUAAAUCAAGUAGGAUCUUUUGUUUGGUCUCACCUAACAAACCUCGCAAAAUCUUCAUCACCAGUUAGAGUGGAAGCCCAGGGAUUGAUUGUUGAUGGAGAUUUGGGAACAAAGUAUAAAAUGGAUAUCCGAAAGUUUUCCAGAAACUUCGAACACAGUGUUUUCUUUAAUGAAUACAACUUGGGUGCAAAUGUGGACAGCAAUUUAAUUUUUGGCACGGAUUCCUACCUGCCUAGAACAAUGUCUCUGAAUUUUACUGCGGAUCUCUUUGGAGAGAGUGUAAAUUUAUUGGAAAUUUCAGGGAGAACUGAAGGAUUCGAGCACUAUUUUGAAACUAUUUUUGGCCCUAAGGGACCUCUAAAUACAGAAAAAUUCAGAGAAAAAUUUUCUUUUCUUGGAAAUUACUGGAAGGAUUCAUCAAUAAGCUCAGAAGAGGAUGAUCUUAAUUUCGAGAGACUAAAUAUGAAGAUCAAAAGAGAUUCUGAAGGCGGAGAAGAUGAUUCUGAAGAAAUUGAAGAUACAAGAAAAAAGCGAGAAGUUGCACCGAAAUAUGAUCUUGAAAAUUCAGUGAAUGAUUUAGGUUACAAGCUAAAGUAUAAAUUCAGCGAACCUAAGGCGGCAUUUGGGCUCAAAGUUUUUGGAAAUGAUCUUAAGUACUACACAAUUGAAGGAUUUGGAGAAGUAGCUAAAGCAGCUUCAAAACUUAACCCAAUGGAGUACAUCACGGAUUUGUUAUCCGGAAGGGAGAUCACGUAUACGAAAUCAGGGAUUUUCUUAGACGUUUCCUACGAAAUUCCCAUGAGUUCUGGAGUUCCACUUUCCCUAGCCGCCCAGGGAGCUUCUUCGAUUGACAUAAGAAUGUCAGGUUUGCUCAGAGGAGCUGAUUUCGUCAAAACAAGACAUUUUAAUAUCGAAGGAAGAGUCAAACCUAGUGUUUCUGUGGACAUAAUUACUACAAUGCAAGCUGAUAUCUUUUAUGCAAACACCGGAAUCAAAGUCAAGAGUAAUUUAUACUCGAGUUCAUCGGUAGAGGCCAAACUAAAAGUCAGGGGGACAAAACUAGUAUCUUUGCAGUUAAGUAUUCCUCAAAAUCGCAGUGACAUCUUCAGUGCUCGAUCUCAGCUUCUUGUAAUAAAGCAUGACCAAGUUCUACCACAGAGAGGCAUUGAGAAACGUUACGAGAAUCAAACUUGCACAUGGCCAGUUAUUGAUAGAGCUAUUGGCUUGAAACUCUGCACUGAGUACAGUUUGCCAGAUGGCAGUAAUUCGACGGGUUUGCCAAACUUUUUCUUUACUGGACCCAUCAACAUAGAUAUUCACGUAGAUAAAGCUGAUCCUACAGCCAAAAUAUUUCUAUUUGAAUUCCGUUGGGACACAAAUGCAAAUGGAUCUGUGGGAUCUUUUGUCUUUGAAACUCCUGGAUCAAAAAUUCCAAGAAUUUUCAGUGCAAAUCUCACGACAAGCGAUAUUGAAAAUGCUCUGACAAUGUCUUUCAAAAAUGCAGCAACUUCUUAUGCAGCUGUCGGAACAUACAAAAAUACAGAAAAUGAGAAAAAUAUAGAAGUGUAUCUAGAUAUAAAUGGUCAGAAGAGUUUAUCCUUGGAAAUGGGCUACAACAGAUCGGAAAUAAAGAACGGUUUCAUGUUCUAUCCGAGAUUUUUUCUCACAGUCAACAAUGAAAAGAUCGCUGGACUGGGAGGUAUGCUAAAAUUAACAAAUAAAAAGGAUGUCUCCCAAUGGGAUGUGAAUUUGGUUUUUGAAACUAAGCGUCUUCAAGCCAAAUUAUCGGGAUAUAUCACUGAAACUGAAGCUUCUGUCUCCACAAAAUUAGCUAUGGAGUAUCGAUUUUUAGAUCAAAAAGUUGAAAGACUAGAAUUCCAGGGAGAUAUUGCGAAUAGAAGUCAAAAAGCAAGAACGGACUAUCAAGGAUCUGCCAAGUUAAAGACAACGGCUUAUGAGAAAUACAAUUUCGCCAGCAAUAUGAAGUACGUCUCAGCGAUGGGGCAUGCAGAAUGGAGAUUGAACUUUAACAAUGCCAAAGAUUUAAUCAAUCCGGAUUAUAAUUUAGGCGUUAGGAUGAUAUUCGCGAGAUUUCAUCAUAUUGACAAUGGCAGGACUACAGCGUCAAUUGAAAUAACACGUCCAGUUUCAAAAACUGAUCUUAAGUUUAUGAUCAAGUAUGAGGAAAAGGCUAAGAAUGGUUCUGAACAUAAUAUACUAGUUCUGGCUCGAUAUGCUCCUCAAAAGGAGAUCACUGGGGUUCUUUCUCUCCUCUUCCCACGCAGACAACUAUUUGCUGUGGAUGCUGCUCUGAAUCUUACAGUUCCUGCCUUUGAUUCCUGCACUAUAAAUUUGAAGCUGUAUGAGAAGACUAGAAAGGAGUAUAAUAUUGACUUCAAGGGAAAAUGGUUCUCAGGACACUCGAUGACUGCCUUAGGGAAAUAUGAGGACCGUAGUUCUUCUAUCAAGACCUUCCAUCACAUAAAAUUAAGCAUUCAAAGUCCUUCAUUCCAGGAUACUCUCAUUGAUGCUCGAUACUCUCGAGAUGAAUACGAAGUAGUGGUUGAUUGCCAAGUAGAUUACGGUGGUUAUCCUUAUGGAGUAAGCCUAAAAUACUCAGAGCAAUCCCCAUACGAGACUUAUACAAACAUGGAAGUGAAGUGGAAGGAUAGGCUGUACUGGUUGUCAGCAAAUAUGACGUCCGAGCAACCAAAGCAGCUAAUAGUUGAGAUUCAUCUGGACAAAUUCCGCGAUAUUCACGUAAUCCUCCGGUGUUUGAAUAAUGAACAGAAGAAAGAGGCAGGAAUCGAGGUUAAAUGGGACGCUAAUCGGGAUCCAACCCAGAAAUUGGCCAUUUUUGGAGAAUUCAAUACGCCCAAGACGAAAUUCUACGAUGGGAGAUUUGUUAUUGCCUAUCCGGAAAGAACAUUCAGUGGGACUUUUGACUAUAGAAAUGAGGAUGCGAUUUGUAAGGCGAAUGCGAGAUUGGGAUGGAGUUCUUAUGAGGCCAUUGAGUUGAAAUAUGAGAGUGGAAAUCUCCCAGGACCGAUCAAAGAUAUUUGGACAACUAUUAUUAUUAACACUCCUUUUGAUGGAUGGAGACAGAAUUCAAUAAACACAGGACUUCACUACAACAACAAUCUCUUGUUGCUCAAUGGAAGCGUUGUUUGGGGAGAAAACUACUUAGGAGCUGAAUUCAUGGGAGAUUACGAAAUUAAGGAUCCUAUAUUUGGUUGUGAAUUCCGUACAGCCUUGAAUAGUUCAAUUGCAAUUAUGCCUACUUUCAGCAUUCACUUCAAACAUCGUCAUGAUGAUAAAAAAGUGGAUACAGAUGCCACUGUAAAGCAUACAGCCUACAAUGAAAGUAGUCAAACCUAUUCAAUAAAAUCAGCCUGGCAGUUUGAUGUCAAUUCUGAGUAUCAGAAUGUUUCAGGCUCAGUGGCUUUUAGGAGUCCUUUCGAGAAUUAUACAACAGGAGCUCUGGUGACAAAAUUCUCGCUCAAUGACAAACGACAGUUGAAAGGAGCUGCUGAUUUGGAUCUUGAGGAAAAAAAAUUUACGUUAGCUGUUGAAGGUCAUAUUAAGAAAAUCACGGAUAACAUGUUGGUGGUCAAUAUAACGACUCCCAUUGAAAGGUUCAGAAACAUUAUCGGGAGGUUCGGAAUCAAUGAAAGAAACAGACAUAUAGUGGCUGAAGUCAGAGCUCCAAAAGAUGCCCUUGGAGUUGAAUUGCUGUUUCUUGUGCAUUCCUUUACAAACUUUGACAUCAAGUUCCAUUUGGCAACACCUUUGGAGGCUUUUGAGAAGGUGCUCCUGAUAGCUUUGAUGCAGAACGAUCACGUCGAUUUUCGGGGAGGCUGGAAUAAAGUUGUCUUGGGUUUUGUAGGUGUAUGGAAAUUUGAUAGCUUUUUAGAUUUUGAAUAUUCUUACAAAGUUUAUACUCCAUUAGAGAAUUUCGAAGAAAAUGGGCUUGUCGUACGCUUAAUGAAGACCGAUAAUGAAUUAGACACAGAGUGUUCUUUCAAAUUGGCUCAAUACAAAGUUGGGUAUAAGCUAGUGGCUAAACCAAAGCCCAUACUGAUCAGACAAUUACGUCUAAAAAAUGUCCACAACGUUAUAAAAGAUUUGUUUUCCGGAGAAGAGGAUUUCUCUGAGAAUCCUGAAGAAGAAGAGGAUGAGGAAGACAAUGAGGAUUACAGUGAUGAAGACGAAUAUUUGAAUUUUAUCGCUUACCUUGAGUUAGACACAAUUAUCUUCCCAACUCUCAAGGGAAAUCUCGAUGUUGAGGAAGUUGAUGAUACUUAUUAUUGCUUCGGAACGAUGAUCCUUCCUCAAGGGAUCAUAGAGGUUCGAGAUAAAUUCUAUUUUCCGGAUUACAUGACACAUAAGAACACUCUUAAAAUUGUGACUCCUUUCGCAAAAGUAAGGGAAAUUAAGUCCAACUAUCAGAUGAAAAUUGACCUAAGAGGUCACAAUAUGAAUUACCUAUUUGGUUUAGAUUUCAAUUAUCUCAAUAGUGUGUCAUGGAUUGAGAGUGGUUUGGAAGUGAACUACUCUAAGCGAGUUGAUCCUCAUGAGCUCUCAACGCAUGAUAUCCGACUCAAAUUUAAGACACCCCUUGAAAUGAUGCCCUUCUUAAACUUAGACGCAUUUCUUGAGAUAGAGGACAGUAACUAUAAAGUUAAUCUCACAGGAAGCACAAACACUACUCAGCUAUCGGUGUUUGGUAAUUUGGAUUUAGAUGAAACCUACAUGGAUGGAUCUCUAGGUAUGAGUUUGGUAGCUCCUCUUGUGCCCAGUUAUAUGUACAGAGUCUUUUUCAAGAGGGACUCUUCAACUAUUGACAACACCUUUGAUCUUGGCUUCGAUACAAAAGACAGUGAUACAGCCAACAAUUUGCAUAUCUGGACAUCCUGGAGGAAGGACGAUUUGCAUUAUGUCAGUGCUAAAGGAAAAAUCCGUACAACAUUUUUAAAAGUAAAGAUGAUCGAUGGAACUGUGCUGAUUACGAGAAAACCCCAUCCGUUGGCUGUUUUUAGAGUAGGUUAUCAGACUCAGGAUGGCAUGAUUUCAGUGUUUCUUACCAGAGCCCAACAAGUUGAUCGUAAUGUGGAGUUAGAAAUUAAUUCUCCUCUUGGGAAUUACAGAAACAUAUCUCUUCAUGGUACUCUUUCUCAAACUGCAACCAAGGGUCAAUUCAUCGUUCACGGGCAUAUGAAUCGAUCCUCAAAUCUCUAUCAUGUGUCAGGGAAUCUACAUAUUAGAGAAGAUGUCCCAAUUUUCGCCAAUAUUGUCUUGACUCCAAUAUCUGGAGAAGCGAAUUGUUCAAUGCUUUUUAUACUAAAUGACGUGAAGGGCGGAAAUGGUCAUACUUUCCAGGCGAAGAUUGAGCAGGAAGAUAAGUUCCUUCAGGUUGGUGGAGGAAUUUCCUACCUCAGCAGGCUAAAUUGGCGUUAUGCUUUGACACUGGCAUCCUCCGAACCGGAGAUUGGAAAAGUUAAUAUGAACUGUUCGCUCUUACCAGAUAGAAAUGGCAGAUUAAAUGGAAAUUUUGAACUUAACUCUCCUUGGAAUCACUUGGGAUUGGAACAAAUCCAGCUGGAUUCCUGGGCUAAAGUCACACGAGAUUCUGGAGAAGUUUAUAGUUCGUAUCACCUACCGUCAGUAAAUGGAGAUAGCAAAGUAUCAUGGUCUUGGGUUAUAUUAGAAAAUAUGCAAAUCUUUCUCGAAAAUCGUUUUCAGAGAAGUGAAGCUACUGAGAGAUUCCUUGCAACCGAAUUCAAAUACGUAAAUCCCAAUAGAAAUCAACAUAGAUUACAAAUGGGAGGGAGUAUCAAUGUGGACAAUGUUUGGCGCUUAGAAACUAACACCAGCCUCUCAAUUCCCUCUUCAAAGGAUAUCAGCAUGAGUGCAACAAUACGGCUGCCGCAGCCCGUUGGAGAUAUUCAUCAGUUCUUUGGGAAGUACAGAGGAAACAUAGGAACGAAUGACCCUAAUAUGGAGAUUAAUUACGAGGCCAGAUAUGAAGCUUUUGAGUCAAAGAAACGCCUAGCAUCUCGUGGGCAGUUCAGAAAUGUGUCGGAUCUUCAGGGUUUCUUGAGAGUUGAAUGGGGUCCAAAUGUCCGACAAGAUGGCAUUGAAGCUUUCAUGCAGAUGUUAAGAAAAGGAAUCCGGAAAGAAUUUGCCGUCAGAGUGGCUACUCCUCUACAUGCAGUUGAUACUUUGAAAGCCAGUGGAAGUUACGACUAUAAAGAUAUUUAUCAUGUGGUAGCCGGAAGGUUGUUUGUUCCAUCAACUCGCCAAAUUGCUGAUGCUGAUGUGUCGUUCUCCAGUUUGAGUAACACAAAAGGAAUUAUUAAUUCCACAACUCCCUUCUUCAAUCUCACGUGGAUUCGAGCAGAUUUUGAUUUCCUGACAAAAGGUGGGGAAUCCAACAGAUUCAUUAAAGCAACUUGGCCAACAAAUUUCGCAGUUUAUGAUUCGAAAAGUGUGCUAAAAUCCGUAAAUUUAAAUAGAGAUUUUCAAGGAACUAUUAAGCUAGAAGUUCCUAUCGAAUCCAGACAUUUCGCUAACAUCGUUUAUGGGUUGAAAGAGCGUCCAAUGUUGACCACUGGAAACGCUGUUGUUGAAUAUAAUAACCGGAAGGUGUUGGAUGGAACUUACAAUUGCAAAACAGAAUCUAGAGCUGGAUUUGAGAAGGAAACUGUGAAUAUCGCACUGGAAAACAAUUUAAAACCGAUUGGAAUCCAUUAUGUACAUCAGAGGCAGUCUGCUGGACCUGAUGAUCCCGACUACGAUAUGAAGCAUGCAGAGUUGUUUGAGUUAAGAAACAGCAAGAUUUACAAUAUUACUGGAGAGUUACAUGUGAGGACUACAAUAACUGGACAAGAGUAUAAGAUCCUGGCUAUUCAUCCUAACAGAACUGUAAUCUUCACUUCAGAAUAUGAUUACCAGAAUAGCACCACGAAACAAAAAUCCAAACUUCAACUGGCUCCAUCCGUCUGGAUUGCUUAUGAUUGGCAACUUCAAAAUCUUUCAAGAGCAGACAAUGAAUCUCAGGUGUUUUCUAUUGAGGUGUCCUAUCCCAAGAGGAAUCUCGGGGCUUCCGGGUGGUAUGCUGUAACUGAUGACGCUUUUGAUUCUGAUGUAUCACUGAAUUGGAGCAAUCAAGAAGAUGAGGAUCCAAAAAUCAUGAGAGCAGGACUUGAAUGGAGAAGUCACCCUCUUACAGCUUUAGAAAAAGAUAAUCAAACUUGUACCUUUUCAAUCGGACAUCCAUCCUUUAACGAAGAUGUCACUUUCAAGGGAUUGUGGUAUAGAAGUGAGAACGAUCUUCUGAAAACCCAUCUUGUUGUCAAUUAUUGCGAUGAUCCUGAACAUGAAUUGAGAAUGGGUAUUGAGUUAAAAGACUGGACAAACAUUGUGGGAUACAAAAAUUAUUCCUAUCUACUGUAUUCUUGGCAUGAGAUUUCUGAACUGGAUCUUCAUGUGGCUGGAUCUCUGGGUUUGAGACCUGGACUAUAUAAUACUAUCAACAAUGGAAGGUAUAAACGAGGGUAUCUUCCGCUCUCUGAAGGAAUAAUUUUAGGAUUGAUUGAUGUUAGAAACAAGGAGUUAAACUAUCAUAGAGCAAGUCCAUCCAAAUCCAAUAAAUUGUGGGCUAAAGCUGACGGUUUUUAUCCCAUCUACACCCUCAAUGGAAGUCUCGAGGAUACUCCUGAUACUGACACCAAUAUGAGAUUCAUCAUUAAUUUUGAUGACAAAUUUGUAAAAAUGAAUGUCAAUCUCACUCCGGAUGCAACACAGAAUAUUCAAAUGUUUGGCUCAAUCCCAGAUUCCAGGAGUGCUUCUUUCUACUUUUUACGAGAUUACGAAGACAUCCGCGUCGUGGAUGUUUCAUCUUACAUCCGGAUGAAUCAUUCUCGACUAGUCACCAGCAAAAUUAUCUGGAGACCAAAGAUCAAGGCAGAUCUGAAGAACUUUGUAAAGAAAACUGUUGGGAACUACUAUGAUGCUAUGGCAGAUGAUAUUGAUUAUUGGGUUAAGACAAUCUUCACAGAAACUAAUGAAACUAUCAAGGAUGUCUGGUAUAAUGCCAGACAAUACACUGAAUACUUCCUCGAAGAUGUUGGAGAGUUGAAAUUUCUGGAGGAGGAUCUUGAGAAGUUUCACAAUUUCCUGAAUGCCUCUUACGAAGCUAAUGACUUUUAUGUAAGAUCAGUGGUUAAUUUUACUUUGACCAUCAUCGAUGAGCUGGCGAUUAGAAAUCAUAUUGAGUCUGUACCAAAGAUUCUUCAAGAAUUGUGGCAUGUGAUGGGAGAGUCCGGACAAGCACUUAGGAGGUCUAUUAUCUGGCUUAAAGACACGAUUAAGGAGUCUUACAAGAAUCUUGUGGACAUGAUAUCAAAGAUUCUGCAUGGAGAGUCCUUGGAACACAUUUCGUCGAUUCUGGGAAAGGCUGUUGAAAAGUACGACAAAUUUAUUAAAGAUCUUCAUCUUUCACUUAUAAAAUACGUUGAGAACUUAUACACAAGAUUAACGGACAUGUUAGCAUCUUAUUGGAAGAAGAUAUUGCAGAAUAUUGAACCGUCCAUUAUCAAAUUUGCUCACUACGUCGAGAUGAUGAUGUGGAAUGUGAGCAAAGAGGUCUUUGAUUUUCUUUAUAAGAGGACCAAUGAAUUUGCAGAAUCGCCAUACUUCAACAAAGUUUCCAACUUUACGCAGGAUUUGGAUAGAGUUUACAAAGAUUUCGUGCAAAAUGAUGCAAUAACAAAUAUCAAGAAAUAUUCUGUGAUUAUGUGGCAAUUCCUUAAGGAUAAAUAUUUUAAAUUUGUGCCAUUUGGGAAGGAACUACAUGAGGUCUACUUGGAGCUGUGGGAAGAAAUCAAGGGACUGAAAAAGCUGGAGACUGUACAGUUCUUUAUGCAAAAAGUUAGUGAAGUACAAAAUAAGAUAAUGUGGGUGAUUGAUGAGUUAGAAGUAGAAAAGCGUUUGCAGCAGGUUCUGGCACUGCUCAAAAGUGAAUUGCUUAGUUUUGCUCAGACAGCUUUACAGGCAGAUGAUAGGAAUCGGGAAGCAAAGACAAAAUUCAUUUUUGACCCAGAUACUGGACUGAUUGAACUAGAGCAGAAACUUCCAAUGUCCUGGCAUGCAUUUAAUGAAACGCCCAAGUUUGAGGAGAUCCCUGAGUACAAGCUUAUUCAUGAUACUCAAAAUUUCUUUACUGGGACCAAUUUCUCAAUUUGGAUGGCUAUGUAUGAGAUCAAGAGACAACUGGAUCCUCACAUUUGGUUCCCUCCCUACAAAUCAUCGUCUUUACUAAUCGGAUCCCGCCACUACAUGACUUUUGACCGAAAGUUUGUAGAGUUAAAUGUGAAAUAUGGAAAGAUUGAGCAGGAUGUUAAACCUGAUCAGUGUUCUUAUUUGCUGGCUAGAGAUUGGUUGGAUUACAAUUUUACCCUAAUCUUGGAGCCUUCAAUCAACACACACGGAGAUGAUUUGAUUUCUGCUAGGAAACUCUCUCUUCUCACGGAAAAUGAAGUUAUUUACAUAGACAUUUUGGGUCACGGAGUUCGAAUUGGGAACAACAUUGCAUCCUUGCCAGCUUUAGUUGGAGAUACAGUGAUUUAUAGAGAUUCUGAUGUGAUUUAUCUGCAUUCCGACAAAGGCUUUGAUUUGGCAUGCAAUCUUCAGUUUGAUAUUUGCACCUUAGAACUGAGUGGAUGGUAUUUUGGAAAGACAGCUGGACUCUUAGGUACGAUGAACAAUGAAAUGGCUGAUGAUUUCACUACUAAUAGAGACAGAGUAGCCAAAUCCGAGGAUGAAUUUAUUAGGAGCUGGGCCCUAAAUGAAUGUCAUCAAACACCAGAAUACCAAACAAUAGAAGAUUUUUCUGAUCACAACACUACCCUCUGUGAUGUCUUCUUCAAGAACAAGAUUUCUUACUUCUCCCCGUGUUUCUCAGUUGUCGAUUCCUCACCAUUUUUGGAAAUGUGUGUGGAUUUAAGUGAGAAUUCGAUUGAGAAUGUGAUUGAUGUUAAACAUCCCAGCCCAAGAGGAGCUUGUACAGCUGCGCUGGCUUAUAUAGAAGCUUGCAAUGCUGAGAAAACUCUCCUCCGAGUGCCAGACGUAUGUGUUUUUUGUGAACUCAACAAUGGAAGUUUUGUUCCGGAGGGGACCUUCCUCAAUUUUCAGGAAGAAGUCGCUCAAUCCACUGACGUUGUCUUCAUCGUUGAAGCCAAAGAGUGCAACAAAAAUCUUCUGACCACAAAGAGUCUGUCUUCAGUGGUCAAUGCUUUGCAGAAAGAAUUUCUGGAUGCUGGAAUAACGGAUAAUCGUUAUUCUGUGGUGGCGUUUGGAGGAGAUAUUCCCUUUGACAAACCCAGAAGUAUCGUCGUGAACAAUGAAGUUUUCACAGAAGCCAAGAAUCUUCCUGCCUUUUUUGACUACAUCGAGAGUGGUAAUGGAACAAACAAGGAUAUUUUUCAGGCAAUUAGUGUAGCAGCUAAACUAAUCUUCAGACCAGGAGUAUCCAAGACCUUUAUCCUUCUUCCUUGUUCAGAGUGCAAAUCCAGUGACAGCAAAUUCGACUACUCAUCUUUGCUGCAAUUGCUGCUGGAAAACGGGAUAAAGCUGCAUAUUCUCAUGGAUCAGGAAAUAGUUUUUGAUAAAGGCAGAGCUGGAAGGAUGUUCUUUGGUAUGGAUAGAGAUUUUGCAUUUACAAAAAAAGAUCUGCAUGAGCUCAAAGGAGACACUGAGUUGAGAAAACAAGUGAGACUUCCCAAAGCUACUCUCGGACUGUGUACUCCAUUGGCCAUUGAAAGUUCGGGAUCGGUAUUCUCGGCUAGGAAGCUUAGACCUGAGAGGAAAAGCCCAGUGAAGAAGUUCUCAACGGUUUUUGCCAAGAGAGUGGCCAAGACAGCUACACCAGCUGAUUGUCAGACCUGUGAAUGUACAGGACACAAUUCUGGAAUAGCUUAUGUUGUUUGCUAUCCCUGCUCAUAUCCCAACCCCACUUCCUGGGACUAUGGAUUCAGCGAAGAAUCAACGGGUACAGAUUUAGAUUGGAAUUUUGAUGAUGAGGACUACAAUAAUUAAUUUAGUCAAGUUCUAGAUCUAACACAAGAGUGCUUUUACAAUAUCAUUGCAUAUAUUGUUAUUCUUGUCAGUUGAUUGCAAUAUUUUAAUUAAACAAAAUAUUACACUUAA